GGUAGAUCCGAGCUGCAGUAUAAAUAAAUAUUCUAAAUUGGAUUGGAUUAGAUAUCAUCGUGGAUGGCCACCUCGUCUCGCGCAUUGCUCUCCUUUGCUAAACGCUUUUCAACCGCCAAAAACUGCUCCAAAGUACUCUCGCUCUCUUCCGCAGAAUCGCCAGAGAUCCGAAUCGAAGACGACGCGACGGUCACAUACCUCUGCAGCUCCUUCCAGAGAAGCCGCAAAUGGGAAUCCUUGGCCCGAGAACUCAGUUUCAUCAAUCUCACCACCCCACUGGUGAACAAAGUGCUCCUCAGCUUUAAAGACAAAGAUAAUGCAACGAAGGCUCUCAAUUUCUUCCACUGGUCAAGUAAAUCUGCCGGAUUCAGUCAUGGUGUUCAAACCUAUUGCAUCACCGUUCACAUUCUCGCCAAGGCCAGGCUCAUCAAAGACGCCAAGGCAUUGAUUGAGUCACUUUUUACCAAACUAGAUAAUUCUGACGUUUUUACAGUUCUCGGCUCACUGCUCGAAACUUAUAAAACCACUGAUUCUGUACCUUUUGUGUUUGAUCUGUUCGUCCAAGUCUGUUCUAAGUUGAGGCUGACGGAUAAGGGGUUUAAUAUUUGUAAAGUUUUGGAUGAUAAUGGAUUUCUUCUUAGUGUAUUUAGUUAUAAUGCAUUGCUCCAUGUUCUCCAAAAAUCCAAAAAGCAUGGAAUGGUUUGGGAUAUAUAUGGCCAUAUGAUUGAGAAAAGAGUAAACCCUAAUCUAACCACGGUUGAAACCAUGGUUAAUGCUAUGUGUAAAGAAGGGAGGCUGCAAUGGUUUGUGGAUGUUGUGGGAAAGAUUCACAGGGGGAAGAGAUGUGGGCCUGGGGUGGUUGUGAAUACUUGUUUGAUCCAUGGGAUUAUAGAAGAUGGAAGAAUGGGAUACGGAUUGAAAUUGUUAAAGAGAAUGUUGCAGAAGAAUAUGAUCAUUGAUACGGUGUCAUAUUCUCUGAUUGUUUUUGCAAAAGUGAAGAUGGGGGAUUUGGAUUGUGCAUGGGAGGUGUAUGAUGAAAUGCUCAAGAGAGGUUUCCAAGGAAAUGCUUUUGUGUAUGACGCUUUUAUCACAUCAUAUUGUGAAAAGGGAAGAGUGGAUGACGCAAUUGAGAUUUUGGGGCAAAUGGAAACUCUAGAUAUCAAACCACUAGUUGAGACAUUUGAGCACUUGAUGAAGGGUUGUUCAAAUGCAGGAAGGGUGAAUGAGAGUUUGGAUUUUUGCAAGAAGAUGGUGCUGAUGGGAUUUGUCCCUAGCUGUUUGGCUUUCAAUGUAAUGGUAGAGAAGCUCUGUGAAAAUGGUAUUGCAAAGGAGGCUGAUCAAAUGUUGACAGAGCUUUUAGAUAAAGGGUUUGUUCCUGACCAAAACACUUACUCUCAUCUUCUUGCUGGUUAUGCAAAAGAAGGCAGCGACAUUGAAGGAGCACUCAAGCUUUAUUACGAGAUGAAGUAUAGGUCAAUCUCUCUUAAUUCUUCUUCCUUUUCUUGGUUGAUAAUUGGUUUACUUAAGGUUGGAAGACUGAGUGAAGCACACAAGUUUCUACGUUUAAUGAAAGCAGAAUGUUUCACAUUCAGCAGUUCUGAUGACAAAUUGAUUUCCUCCCAGUUACUUGGAGGAUGAUCAAAGCAGAAUUGUUGAUCAGCUAGCUAUAUAGAGAAGUUGAUUUCCUCCCAGUUACUUGGAGGAGGAUCGAAGCAGAGUUGUUCAUCAGCUAGCUAUAUAGAGAGAUGAUGGUGUGAUAGAAUAAAUAAUGAAAAUGGUCAAUUACUUGCCAAGUAUUUCACGUUGAGGUUUAUUAGUUUAACACUCAAUGAUUGGAUAUUGUACUCGUCUAAUCCAAGGAUAUAAAACCAUGAGAUGGCUGGAAGUAAUUUUUAAAGUGCUUAAGAAGGAAGAGCUUGAAAGAUUUAUUGCAGGUUGCUGGGGUUUGUGGGGAGAAAGAAACCAGCGAGUUUGGCACAGUAUGCAGAUGGAGGGGGAGCAGAUGGAGGGGGAGCAGGUGAUGGCAAAAACCAGAGCAUUUGUUGAUGGUUGGGCUAUGGUGCCGCGGCCAGUGGCUUCUUCUGGGGAUAAAAACGCAGGUGGGAGUUCAAAGUGGCAGAGACCGGUUGCAAGGCGGCGGAAAAUCAAUGUUGAUGCCUCGACCGGGGGAGAGAAUUGUGGAUUUGGAUGGGUUGCUCGGGACAGCUGCGGAUCUUUCUUGGCAGGAGGCAGCAUUGCAGGCAGUGGCCUGUUUACUCCCCUUGAAGCUGAGCUUAUGAGUGUUAGGGAGGCACUCAGCUGGAUUAAAAUUCAACAAUGGGACCUCAUAGACUUGGAAACAGAUUCUUUACUAGCUGUCCAAGGAAUUCAGAAAGGCUCGGGUUGUUCCUAUUAGGGCGUUUUGGCUGAUGUCUAAAGAUAUAAGAGAUAUGAUGGCUAGUUUUGUUAGCAUUACAUGUUCUCAUGUUAGACGUUCAGCAAACCGGCCGGCUCAUGUGUUGGCAAAUGGCAAGGGCUGUGGGGGCUUUGUCUGAAAGUCAUGUUUGGUUUUUGAUUCCCCCUUCUUUCAUUAUUGAUGUAUUAAACAAUCAUUUGAUUAAUA